AUGAAUACCACUCCACAACAGAUCCUCAACAUUGAAGACGCUCUGGUGUCUGACGAUAAUCCAGCGCGUAAUGAAGGCUUCCUCGACUAUGAGCGCUGCGCGAGACUACACAAUUACCUGGUCGCGUACGCCUGGAUGGUCCGUUACGAAAGAGAUACGCCCGACCUUGAUGCGCUGGCUAGCCGGCCGCUGCGGUUUAUGAAUGAAGAUACAGAAGCAGUUCGCGAGCGUCUGGAUCCUUCGCUAAACUCGUUCCUGGAUUUGAUCUAUGAUCCAGAGCCAGAACUCUUUUACUGGGUAAACGGGGUUAUAAUGGACUUCUGCGAUAUUACGUUUCCUGAUGAACACAACAAUCUCGAGGACAAAGAACGAUUUGUUGUCAUAUAUGAUACUGUACCAGGCUUGGGCCCACAUAAUCUCGGCGUUGUCUAUGACCAGCAGCUCCACCGGGCCUCGUUCCCAAUGACCAUAACAAACUCAGAAAGCGUCGAACCCAUCGAUGAACACGAGGAUCUGUGGUUCCCGUUAGAGACUAUUCUUACCCAUUGGGUCAAUCUGAUUCGCAUGGGUAAGGUCGUAGCUGAUUCGCGGGGGGAAGAUCUGCCUGACGAUGUGGCAAUGUCUAGAUCACAAAUUGGGCUGUGGGCGUGGCUCCCGUACUGCUCAGUCCAGAUCGAUAACACUGUGGCUGCUAUGGACCGCUACUCAGCCGCAAUCGAAUCUCGAAUGCCUCCCGAGUCACUAUCAACUGCCUCCACAUCGCUCUUCACCGAUGCAGACCUCGACACGGCUUCUGUGCCGAAGAGCUGCUUUAUCCGCUCAGUUUUGACAAGAGUGAAGACUCCGCGUUUUAACUUGAUUGCACCCGGCCUAGAGGUCCCGCAUGAUAAGGUAGCAUUCGCGAGACGUCAGCAGUUUACCGACGUGCCCCGCGACGAGGCGAGCAUUCCGCCGAUAUUGCUCUUUGCAGCAGAAAGUGCACUGACAGUGAAUUUCAACAAAGAAAUCCGAUGGUCGUUCUUAAAAGGAGUUGACCAGGUUACAAUGAACGAGAGUGGUCUUAUUCCUACGGGGCUAUACAGUGAAUCUGUAUGUCGAUGUCAUUACGAUGAGGAAGAAGCGGGCUUCCGCCUCUUGCUUCCAUUUGCACUGCGGUCUACUUUAUGGGAUAAUGAAGGGGCGAGGAUGAGUGAUGGCUCAUUAGUUACCUCGGGCUCCUUCACGGAGCUCUUUCAACAUGGCCAUUUUCACCCUUUUGGGGGUGAAAGGCGGGCGCAGAGAUUGGAGAGGCUGUUCAACCGGUGGACAGAACUGAUCGAAAAUGGUGUAUGGACGGUGGGGAGAGACGGUGUGGAGGGAGGAAUUGAUACAUUCCGUGAUGCAGACAAUGGCAACGGUGCCUGGAUGGAUUAUUGGAUUGCACCUGACUGGUGA